AUGUCUUCUCCCAACCUGGAUGUCGGAUCAAUCAAUGCGCUCUGGGCACAGAGCCGGGAAGAUCCUUCGAGCGACGAAGAACUUAGUGAUCAUGAUGGGAUCUGGAGUGAUUCUGAUGGGAUCUCGAGUGAUUCUAAUUCGAGUGAUUCUGAUCGGACCUUGACUGAUCCUGAUAUGGCCUCAAGUGAUUCUGAUGGGACCUCGAGUGAUUCUGACAUGGCCUCGAGUGAUUCCAAUAUGUCCUUGAGUGAUUAUGAUGGGACCUCGAGUGAUAUUGAUGGGGCCUUGACUGACCCUGAUGUGACCAUGAGUGUUUCUGAUGGGACCAUGGAUGAUCUCGAUGUUACCAUGAGUGAUUGUACGGUUUACUCCCCCGUCAAUGCUCCUUGUGCAGCUUUAGACUCGGGCUUGGAUUUCCGCGACGAUAUUUCCAUGCAUUCUGUUGAAGACGUCUUCGGUGCCAAGCUGCUGCGUGGUCCUUCUGAGGAAGGGCUGUCUAGCAUUCGGCUUCUCUCGAUUUCCAGCCGCAUCUUGACCUCGUUCAGUUCCCGAAUCGACAAUGCCGCAACUAGCCCCGAAAUAAUUACCGAGAGCCAGGAAGAUCAUGAGAUGGACGAAGACAACUUUGGGAAAUCCUUUACUAACGACGAUGUUGAGAUGAUGUUUGUCUCCGGAGAAACAGCAGAGCCGGCUCAGGAGACUACCACUUUAAUUGAAGAGAUCACGCGUCAACAGGUGAUCGAAAUCCUUACCCGCAGCACUGCAUUGGCAACCCGCCGCGGAGUUCGCUCGAUCUCUACCGACGACCUGAUUUUCCUGAUCCGCCACGAUAGGGCUAAAGUCUCCCGUCUGCGAACCUUCCUGUCCUGGAAGGACGUCCGCAAAAAUGUCAAGGACUCCGACGACAAGGGUGGUGGUGACGCCGCCGACUUCGCUGCCGCCGACGAUGCGGCUGGUGUUGUUGCAGGCCCCCAAGACGUCGCCCCCAAGCCCAAGAAUAAGCGCGCCAAGGUCGGACUUGCGUGGGAUGUCAACAGUUUCUACUCGGUUCAGGUUCCCGAACGUGAAGAUGAAGAAGAUGAAGAAGAGGAGGAGCAGAACUACGCGACACUCCAGCGUCUUGCCGCCGCCGAUGAACGCACCCGCCACAUGACAAGGGAAGAGUAUGUAUUCUGGUCCGAGUGCCGCCAGGCUUCCUUUACCUACCGCAAGAGUAAGCGAUUCCGCGAAUGGGCAGGAUUCGGCAUCGUGACCGAAUCCAAGCCGAACGACGACAUUGUGGACAUCCUCGGAUUUCUCACAUUCGAGAUCGUCCAGACCCUGACUGAGGAGGCGCUCAAAGUCAAGGAGCGCGAAGACAACGAGAAGCACCGUCGCGGGGGCGCCGAGGCCGGUGAGAACCUCAAGAAGCGGAAGCGCGAGACUGGCCUGUUCGACCCGCCCGAGGAGGGGCGCACUCCCAUUGAGCCACGGCACGUUCGGGAGGCCUACCGCAAGCUACAGGCUACUCCCCAGAAGGCCGUGGCUAUGCUGUUGCACAAUGGUCGGGUUCCUCACCGCAUUCCUCUUGCAUUGAUUUGA